AUGCUCCUGGUGCCUCCCUCCGAGUGGGAGGGGGAGAGGGGCGUCAGCGGCGAGCCGGAUGGGGCGAGGGGCGUCGAUGAGAUGCCCCCGGCGCUUCCCUCCGGGCGGGAGGAGGAGAGGGGCGUCGGCGACGAGGCGGGUGUCGGCGGCGAGAUGGUCUCUGACGGGCGUGAUGAGGUGGGCAGCUUAGGCGUGGAGCGUGCGUUCGUGGAGGUAUUCGCCAGGGCGCUCUUCUAUCCGACGGUGAUGCUCAACUACGGCCACAGCUUGAUCGAGCCCGAGUUCCACUGGUGGGAUCGCAUCGACAAGCUCAGUUCACGUCUGUAUUCUUCUUCUUCAUUCACGGGGAGAAUUUUGCGAGAGAAUAGCAAGGGAAGGUUAAUGGAUCACCCUGGGAACGAUUUUGAGGGCAUUAUGCCAGCUACUUUGAUGGCAAUGGAUUAUGGAAUGGCAAACUAA